AUGUGACAGCAGUGUGUUUUCUGUCUCUGCUCAGAAUGGUGCGUUUCUGGAGCAUCGAGGAGAAAGCCCCUCAGGCCAUCGGCUCCCUCUCUAACGGCCUCUGCUGUGCCUUCUCCGCUGAAGGAAGUGUCCUUGCUACUGGGACUCGUGGCAGUAGUGUGCUCUUCUGGGAGUGUCCUCGUAGCGUUGCCAGUCUGCAGCACAUGUGUAGAAUGUCUAUCCGCCGGUUGACUACCACCCAGCAAGUGGAGACGCUGGCCAUUCCUACACCGCUCCGCGACUACCUGACCUACAAAAUCAUUUAACCCCCCACCCCUACCCAGGACCACCAGCUGACCCAACUGCCCCUGUCGCUGCAGCAUCAUGCUUGAAAACCAACAAAAUACUUCCUGGAAAACCUUUUUUCAUACAACUUUGUUGAACAAAUGCAAUCAGGACAGAGAGAAAGAUACUGAGCUGAGACCCCCCCCCCCACUCACUCAUAGCAGGAUAUCGUGUUCUGUAAAUAUUUAUUUUCGUAAGUUCUUCAGUAGCAAGCACACCAUCCAUACCGGUUAGGUUAACAUUUUCCAGGGCCUCCUGUCCCCGUUACAUGCCUGUGUGCAGCCCCUCUUCCAGCUGCCUCAAGCCAGGUUCAGUAACCCAACUUCAACUUGAAUGGGGCGUUGCAUUUCAUGCAAGUGCUGUUUGCAGGUGGGUCAGCGAAAGGGAUGAGACGUGGGAUUUUUUUUUUUUAAAGAUGCAAGAUUUCAAAAGGCCAAUACUACAUGUGUGAACUGUAAAGUAUCUUUACAUUAUCACCAUGGCAUAAGAAAAGAACAGAGCCAAGCAGUUAUUGUUCCCUCCCCGAAACAUUUCAGCCAGUGAAUGACAAGGAACUGAAGUGGAGAUAUGUCUUUGAAAUAUCUGUAUUGGCUUCGCAAAUCUUGUAUCGGUCGGGGGAAAGGCACCAUUUCAUUGGUCGGUUUACCAGAGAAGCACCAUAGAAAGUUGAAUUGUCUUCGUUCCUUUCGAUCAUUGUGUGACAGCCUUAGGGAAUCUACUGUUUCUGAACAGUUCACCAACUAUCAUUCCAUUAUGAUUGUUGGUGGUGGGAAUGCAAAGAGAAAAAUGUAGCAGUGAAGAUGGUUCAGGCAGCAAAUGGCUUCUGCUAAAGAUUAACGAGGAAGGAAGGCAUUCAACAUGCGCUGGCCCCAGGCCUACAAGCAUUGUGUUGAAGUGAGAAACCCUCAGUGUAAACAUAACAUUGUUUACAAAAAUCUCCACGCGGGAUCUUACAAUCCUGCAAGCUACCAAACCACGCUAACUGGCUGUCAACAAAACCUCCGUAAAUUGCACAGAAAAAAUUGGUCCAACCACAUGAUGUAGGUGCAGUCUGCCCCCAAACCUUUCUCAGUCUGGCGAGAUAAAUGGCAAUAGUAUGCUUGAAUUUAUUUAAGUGUUCGUGCCCCCCCUCCCUGUUCUCAGAGUUUCGUGUGUGUAUAUGAAAAUGUCUAUAAACAAGUCUUAAGUGUUUGUUUCCCCACUUUGCCAUUUAUAUCCAUUUUUGUAAUCUUUUUUUUUUGGCCUUUGUCAACCUUAUAAAUGUGAAAGAGUCAACAAAUGGUUACACGUCUUACUGUUCUAGCCCAGAGAGCUAUUACAUUUCCUUACAGAUUGGACACAGUGGCAGUGGAUGUGUCACUUUAUGUUGAAGUUACAAUAAGACAUUUUAGCGACCCUGAAAUUAAUUUAAACUCGGCUAUCUGGUGUUAGAGCUUCAUGUUCACUCUAGAUGGAGAUGUAUUCACAUGAUAAUCCACAAUGACGCUUUUUGGAGAUACAGUAUUCUAAGAGUCUUCUGUUUCUUGAUUGUCACUUUCACGUUGUGAGAUGUGAAGAAGGGAAAGUGAGCCUUUUGUUUUUUCCUGUGUUUCUGUUGUGAAGUGGCUGCACAUCAGCCGUCAAUCCUUUUGGCAAUACGUUCUCCGACAGUCGGUGCUAAUGCCAAAAGUUUUCAUUUCCACUUUGUUUUUAUAGUUUCCUGCUGAAAUAUGAAGGGGCUGAAGUGCUUCGUUAUGUAUAUCCUUACCGGGGGUUGCAUUACGUUACCAUGGUGUUUGGAAAAACACAGUCCUGCCUCAGUGAGUUGCAGUAUGAAUCGUUAAAUAAAUCAAAUAUAUAUGAAUGUAUAAAGGUAAUUUUUCUUUGAGGGUUUGUUUCAAUAAAAGCUUUUUUGAUAAAAUAA